AUGGGCGACCCCGUGGAAUGUAUAGGCGUCUACGUCGACGACCGCGUCCGUUCGGAACGGUGGGUGCGCCGGAAUUCGGUCGCUACGUCGACACUGUCCUCUGUCGGUUCCUUGGCAUCCCCCGAUGAGCCAGACGCUCUACAAUUCGAUGUAGAGCAACUGCUGGACGUGUGUAAGAAGAUCUACCUCUGUCACACCGGAUUAUCCUUUGCGACCAAGCUGGCCGAGCUCAGCGACCACUCCAGCAGCGAAUGUGCCCCGAUAUUCGCUUUCUGUGGCAUUGAUUUUCGCACUGACGAAUCUAAUCUGGCCCGACGGAAAGCCGGUCGCGUCUCGUGGGGAGAUACCGCCCCCCAUCUCCCGGGGUUGUCGCUCCUCUCUGGUGUGUCUACGGAUAUUCAAGUGCAAGAUGGUCCCAGUCUUGUCGUUCCCAUCGCCCUCCUGCGCACCGCUGGUUCGGAUGCGCCCAUCGGCGCCACGACAGACCCUACCAGCGAACCGCAAAUGAAAAGUCCAGUCACCCUGGAGCACAAGCAGAUCGCUCGAUGCCUCGAUGCGGGCGCGAUGGAUGUCUUGCUUACUCCACUCGAUCAAUCCCGCAUCCAGGGGCUGGUGGUCCAUGCGUACCGGGCGCGCCGAAAUGCCCAGAAGGAGAUGUCUCGCUUCCUCGCACGGAAGAAACUGCGCAAGCUGUCGUGGGUGGGUGUCCAUGAAGAAGAGCCGUAUUCGUAUUUGAGAGAGGCCAUGGUGUCAAAACUCAUGAAAGGCAUUUGCAACCCCGAGGAAAUCAUCGAGGAGUUCCAGGAACGCGAUCUGCAUGUGAACCCCGAACGCCAAGCUUUGAUCAAGGAGCAGGUCGGAAGCUGGAAUUUCUCUGCCCACGAUUUCUCUGAAGACGAGUUGGUUUUUGGUGCCUGCCAGAUGAUCACGCAUGCUUUCAGUCUACCCGGGCUGGAACAUUGGCGGCUGACUCCCGGGGAAUUGCAAACCUUCCUUCUCGCCUGCCGGGCGGCUUACAACUCUUUCGUCCUCUAUCAUAACUUCCGCCAUGCCAUCGACGUCUUGCAAUCUGUGUUUUGUUUCUUGCUUCAUAUCGGUGCUCUCCCACCAUACGAACCGAUUGGCCAGAAGCCCGUUACGAAAUCUCCCGUCGCCUCUCUUAUUACUCCCUUUGACGCACUCACUCUUCUGAUCUCGGCGAUUGGUCAUGACGUCGGCCAUCCUGGAGUCAACAACUUUUUCCUGGUGAAGCUGAACGCUCCUUUGGCACAGCUGUACAAUGAUAACUCCGUUCUCGAAGCCUUCCACUGUGCAGCUUUCUCCCAAAUCCUUCGCCGCCACUGGCCCGCUGCGUUCAAGGACAAGCAACUCCGGAAGCUACUCAUCAGCUCUAUUCUGGCAACCGACAUGGGUGUGCAUCAGAAGUUUAUGGAACGGAUGGGGACACUGCAAGAGAAGUUCUACGCGAACAACAAGUCGGUCGAUGGCUGGAAACCCCAGGAUAUCGAGAUGUACAAAACCCUUGUGUGCGGUCUUUUGAUCAAGGGCGCCGAUAUCAGUAACGUGGCGCGACCGUGGACGGUUGCAGAGAAAUGGACACAGAUCCUGCAAGAGGAAUUCGCCAACCAAGGUGAGAUGGAGAAAGAAGUCGGUAUGGAGACUGCGCUCUUCGGCGGACCACCGGAGCUGGGCAAUAUCUAUAAGCUGGCUACGAGUCAGAUCGGGUUCAUGUCCAUCUUCGCCCUUCCCCUCUUUGAAGGUAUAUCCGACCUCUUGCCACAGUUGCAAUUCAUGGGCGACCAUAUCCGUCGCAAUCAGGCUCAGUGGCAGCAACAUGCCAACCACGAACUGUACAAACAAGGCCUACACGUUCAAGAACGGGCGGAGAUUGCGGUCUCGCCUCGCUCUCAUAGCCCCGCCGUUCCGGCUGUCGAGUCCAGCGAGAGUACACCCAGGGCUGCUCCUGCCGAUCAAGAGUUUGCUCCAGAUGAUCCCGAUUCACCUGUAUCAUCAGAUCGCACGGAAUCACAGCCUCGCGGCUACAACGAGAACAACAUCGAGCCCGUGGUGUCCCCAGACACUGCAGGUCCGCAAAUUGAGAUCACUGGAACUCCCAUCGCGCCGGAUGUGACAUCCUCUCGAAAAUCGUCCAGCGCUGUGCCCGAUCUCUCAUAUUUCUCCAUCCCGGCGGCGCCACAAUCAGCACGGGGAUCGAGUGCAACCCAAUAUCAAAAUCCCAUUACUGAUAACACUACACGCCCUUCUGGAGACCCGGCCGUCUUGGCUGCUGCCUUAUAUGCGAACUCGACUACAAACAGCAACAACGCAUCGGCAAACACCGAAAAACGCGAUUAUACAAACGAUCUAGCAGCCAACGAACGACCGAGUAGCUCUCGUCAAGGCCAGCAACCCGGAUCGACACGUCACCAUGCGCACCACAGCUCAUCCGUCCGAACCUCGGGCCCGUCAAGUUCCAACCGCAACAGCUGCACUCGUACCCAGAGUGUUAGCACCUACAGCAACAACAUGACCCCGAUCUCGCCUGCAACCAACGCUACCAGUUUUCUGCAGGUGGACAGCGGGGAUGAGAAACGUGUCUCGGAUGAAAGCGCUCCCCAGAGCGAUCUUGGGGCUCCUGAUGACAGCAGUACGCGACCUAGCACAUCAUAUGCUUCCCAUCUCGGAGAUCAGGAGAGCAACUACAGCCGAAGUCUCAGCUUCACCAAAGACGUUGGUCAUGAGGAUGGACAUCACCAUGACUUCUCUCAUGCCGCCCUGAACGGUACACGCAGCCCGACCCAGCAGUCCACCACGACUGGUGAAAGUAUCAAGAAUGAAAGUCCACAGGGAUCUCCCGAGGACUCUCACAACAGUGUCUUCCAGCGUCUCCCUAAGCGACGUAGUCGGCUGCGGCUUGCAUUUUGGAAACGGCGUAACCACCACCAGCAGGAAGUUCAUGGUGAAUCUUGA